GUUCCCGUGAUUCUCUAUCUUCUAUCUUGUGUUCCACGCUGCACAGGGGCAUUGAAAAAUUGUUCUUUUUCAAUUUGUUGCUGAUCUCUUUUGUCCUAUUUUUUCCUGGAAUUCACCACCUCGAAAUGUAUAACUCUUCCUAAGAAUUUUUAUCAUGAUGUACUUCUACUUCUUGUAGCGUAACCUAACCUGAACUUCUUAUUUGAUCUUCUUUCACCAUUUUCCAUCUUGGUUGUUCUGCAUCAUGAAUCUCAAUCGUAUUCGUAUUCCCAUCAAAACCUGAGAAGUCAGGAAUAUGGAGACCUCCUCUACUUCCGAGAAGAAUCCUGGUGCUCAAGCGGGUGUCGAAGGCAAGUUGCCACCUAUUGGCACCAGCUACGACAUGGAAAACAUGGUCGAAAAAAUAGUGAGAGGCACCUCUGGUACGACGUCAACAGAAAACGACGUCAACAUUCGGACUCUUUCCAGAGGACUUAUCUCCUUACCAGGUGGAAAGGGCAGUCCUCCACGUCCCCAAGAGCUGCGGGGUCGUGAAGUGCCGUUUCUAGACAACAACGAGUCGGAUGUGAUGAGCGAGACGCUAGAUGACACGUUAGAAUGGACGGCUCGGACUCCGAUUGACCUCUUCGACGAAACCGGGGAGUGGCAAUGGCCUGCCUACAUGCCCAGAAGUCUGCCGAAAGCCAGAGGGCCUGCGGGAGAAAUACUGAAAAGUAAGAGUCCUCCUGGUGUUGGUGCUGUUGGAGGGUCUGCUUUUAAAGGGUCUGCUUCUGGAGGACCAACAGGUGGAGCUCCCAUUGGUGGACCAGGAGGUCGCGGUACUUCUUCCGGAGGAGGUGCAGGUUCAAGUUCUGGACAAGGUCAAAAUGGUCAAAGUCAAAAUGGUCAGAAUAGGCCUUACAUUCAUCAUGGGACCAGUGGAAGAUCAAAUGCGGCCUCAGGUGUGACAGCCAGUGGAAUGGUAUACGGUGGUGCAGGCAAAUUUUACAACAACUAUGGCGCUUUUCACAACAACUAUGGUGCAGAUGCAAAUGCCAGUCAGCAACCAUAUAAUCAUGCUCCGGGAGUAGCUGAUGCUUAUCCUUAUUCAUACAACGGACGAUUGGGAGGUGCUGCUGUUGGUCCGACUCCUAGCUACAACCAACAUGGGACCCGAAUUAUAGAUGUCGAAUACAGGAGCAGAAUACCCUACCACAGUGUCGAUCAUGGCGCUUACUACGACAGUUCUGCAGUUUCUGGUGAAAACUAUAUUAACUACGCUGCUGAGCAGAGCUAUAACUACACUGAUGGAAUGCAACACCAAACCUAUCAUGACUAUAACGCGGCUUACUAUCCGGGAGUAGCAGGCGCAACGACAGGCAUUGGUGGUGCACAAUAUUUUUACGAUGCUCAGUCAGCAUGGUGGGAGUGGGACGCGGAGAGUCAUCGCGAAGGUACUUCCUUAUCGAUAUUGUAGAAUCAUUGGCUAAGAUGGAUGUCAGUUGGCAUGGCUGGACGACGUAGUAUAGUAAAAGAAGAAACUAUAAUGAAUCAUCAAAGCAUUUUUCAUUAUAUGACUUAGUUUUUGUUGUCCUAGUUACGUCCUGACACAUUCAUAAUAUCUUCCACCGUCUUCUCUAUCAUUUGCAUCUUCCCCCUCUCCUUAUUUUCACUUGCCCAUAUUCUUCUAUCGCAUUUGCGUCUCUGUCUUCUCCUUACCAGGUCCUCUAGCACUCUCUGUCUUCUCCUUCUGUCCAUCAGGUCCUCUCGCACCGUGUGAGCAGUUACCUCCACAGCUGCCCGCGACAAGUAGUAAUACACCGGUGAUUUCCCCCUCGGUAACCAAUGCGACGCCAAUUUUGAAUCCUAUGACUGAGGCUUCGUUCACAGCUUCUCCGCCACUGCUGGUUAUGACGCAAACGGCUUUGUCCCUGGACAAACUGGUACCAGAUCAUCGCAAAAAGCAAUUUUCUGUAGCUGGUCGUGUACAACAUGACGUGGUAUUUGGAGGGAAUAAUUAUGCCAAGAGGACUUCUACUUCCAGUACAACAAGAACCACUGGGCCUCACAAUUCCACCGUUCUCCUUGGCCCACAGAACGAACUGGAAAUAGGACCGCACAAUCUUGGACUCGAUUUGGAGGCUCAACUGGUGUUUGGCGGCAAGAAAACCAGGAAGAGGCGGCGUAGAAAACGAGCUAGGAGGAGAAAAAGCAGUACCAUUGCGGAGGACGAUCCAGGCAGUGGAGACAGUUGUGAGGAUGAAGACGGAGCUGAAGAUGCACACGAUGGGAAUCAGGAGGACAACAUCGAUCAUAAAGAUGGCAGGAGAAACACGUCGAAAAACACUUCCUCUGGAAUUAGAAGACCACAAGCAGAGGACGCUGGUGCACUAACGAGACCUGUACCUUCUACUCAAGCUGAUCAGAUUCCGAAUCAAGGCUUCGAGCAAAGCGCACAGGAUCCACACGGACAACAAAAUCAACAAGGUCUUGGCCCACCAAAGAACCUUGACCGUCCAGCACCAAGCAUAGCGCCCCCAAGAGUCGAAUCCUUCAGCUCUCCAGAGGACGCUUCUGACGAGGAAUUCCGAUCCCCUCGCGAAAUCCCCACAGGAGAUAUGGAGGCUUUGUCCCAAGAAUUGUAGAGCUGAUAGGAUUUCAACACCAAAACUUCAUCUCAUUUUUUUUGAAUUGGUUAGCAAGGUGAAGCUGACAUCAAGCAACUACAUCAAUCUACGCAACGAAACUGCUUGUCCUCACCUGACUUACGCAUUUCGAUGCAACUGCAUGCCAUCAACAGUAUGAUUUUCUUCUUUAUUGAGAAAAUUUUACAAGUCAGUGUACGAACAAUAAAACGUGGGAUUGACAGGUUGUGACUACCAACCUAGUGUAUGCAGCUAUGUUGAAGCAAAGCUAAGACAAGUUUACGCGUGGCAAAUCGGUG